GCUCCUCGCUCGACUCAGCUGGUCUUCAUUUUAUUUGACAGUUCACGCCACAACAAUGGCAGGGGUCGAGCAGGCUACCACACAACCUGCACAAGUCGAUCUUUCCAAACCAAACACCGGCCCGCUUGACGGUUAUGACAAAAAGUGCAUUUUCUGCAAGAUUGUAAACAAAGAAAUGGAGACGGAGCUUCUUCACUGUGAUGAGGAGAUCUCAUGCUUCAGGGACAUCAAGCCUGGAGCUCCACACCACUACCUGGUGGUCCCAACCAAGCAUGUUGGGAACUGCAAGUCCCUCAACAAAGACCAUGUGCCUUUAGUGGAGCGGAUGGUUGAGACAGGGAAGGAGAUCCUGCAUAAAAACAACAUUACAGAUCUCAGCGAUGUCAGGUUUGGUUUCCACUGGCCUCCAUUCUGUUCUGUCACCCACCUGCACCUCCAUGUCCUGGCCCCAGCCAGUCAGAUGGGCUUCAUGUCCCGCCUCUUCUACAGACUCAACUCUUACUGGUUCAUCACAGCAGACCAGUUGAUUCAACUCCUCAACUCUAAAGGAGAGGCCAACUGAUCAGUCGGUUUGGAUCCAGUGAGUUUGUUGGAGGUUGUGAGUUGGCUCAAAACCCACGGCUCCGUCUCCUUCGAGAGGCCGUGUCGGAUUGUGCACCGUGCUCACAAGGAAGCAUGCCUAUUUAUCAGGUUGUGACAGUAUUUUAAACUGAUGAGAAAUCGAUAAAGAAAAACAGUAAGGGUUUUGGUGGUAAGCGAUUUUCGAUUCGAUUUUGUUUUUACAGUAGGAAUGAGUUAAGCCCUGGCACUGAAAACAACGGGAGAUUAAUACAGCUAUUGUGAUUUAUGGACCAAAUCACUCUUCUACUGACAAGAAAAAAGAUGGAUGAUGUUGAAGCUCCCUUUUCUUCUGAGUGAGAUGUUUGGAUUCCUUGUAUAAUUUGACAUCUGCAUAAUUUCACUGCCAAGAAUUCCCAGAUCAUCCAUAAAAUCGAUGUAGACUGAUUGCUGGAAGGUUUCCCAACCUGUAGAACUGCUUCAGAGCUUAGCAGAUUGGGAAAAUAUGUGCAUUAUAUGAUAUAAAACAUGGGUAAUCAUAUAUUAUAAAGUUUCCUAUGUAGUGCUUGUCAUAGUUAUGCUGUAUUACCUUACCUGAACUUGUGACAAGAUGGACAUUUUGAGGCCUACCUGGACAUGAGUCACCGCACAGAGUUACGUCUUCAUCAAUCAUUUACUCAGCUCCUUCACAGUGAAAGCACCUCAGUCAUCCUCUAACACUGAAAGUGAAGUAUGCUUAAUGAUCUCAACGGGCAACUGAAUGCACUCAUGGUAUAUGUUAAUAAAUGCAUAUUGGUGUCAGAGAACAUAUAAGAAGUCAGUCAAUUAAGUAAUGUAAUAUUGACUGAAUGGCUGGUGCAUGAAAUUAAAAUAACACUUGUGCAAUUUAAUUUAUUCAUUAAUAUGAUGUAAAAUGUGAUUCAUAUGUACUGUAUGGAAGUGUGGAAUUAAUGAGAAAGGUAACAAAGAAUAAAUGUUACUUUGCUGCUGCCCAG